GGAUUUGCUUCACUUUUCAGUUUAACGUUAACAUACUGGAAUGUUAUGGAAUGGAAUGGAUUGGGUUCCUUCAUUUCUUUCCUUUGUCACCAUUGCUGUUUUGCCUACUAGAGUCUAAAAUGGAAAACGGGGAUCAGUUCCAGGAAAUUUCAAAGGCGAAAUACGAUUGUCUGUUAUUCGAUCUUGAUGAUACCCUUUAUCCUUUGAGCUCUGGAUUGUCAAAGCACGUGAUAAAAAACAUUCAAGAGUACAUGAUUCAAAAGCUUGGAAUACAGGAGGCUAAAGUUCCUGAAUUGUGUCUUUCAUUAUAUGAGACUUACGGAACAACAAUGGCUGGUCUCAAGGCAAUUGGCUAUGACUUUGACUAUGAUGACUUUCAUGGUUUUGUUCAUGGGAGAUUGCCAUAUAAUAUACUAAAACCUGACCCUGUUCUCAGGGGAAUUUUGCUAAGCCUGCCAGUGCGAAAAAUUGUUUAUACAAACUCAGACGAGGCCCAUUCAAAAAGAGUGCUACACAGGCUUGGACUGGAGGAUUGCUUUGAAAGAAUUAUAAGUUUUGAGACUCUGAAUUCCUCUAAUAACUUCGACACUCCCUACAAUAUGGAUGGCAAUGAAUGUAGAACAAGUUCCACAGUAAUUUUUGAUUUUUGUGAGUACAUAAACAGGCCUGAUUCUGAUAUCCUGCUUCCAAGGACCCCGGUUGUUUGCAAACCCUUUCAAGAUGCGUUUGAAAAGGUUUUCAAUAUGGCAGAUAUUGACCCUCAAAGAACAUUGUUCUUUGAUGACAGUGUCCGCAAUUUAAGGACGGGGAAAUCAUUGGGCCUCCACACAGUCUUGGUGGGUACGUCCCUUCGAACUACAGGAGUGGAUCAUGCCUUAGAGAACAUCCAUAAUAUGAAAGAGGCAUUUCCAGAACUGUGGGAAGACGAUGAGAAGCGGGAAAGUGUCAAGUAUUCUAGAAAGGCUGCAAUUGAAACAUCAGUAAUAGCUUGA